GGCUCCAAAACUAACUGAAGAAGAAGUUCAAUUGAAAUUAACCAGACCAUUUCGUUCACCCUUGAGAAAACUUCAAGACCAAAUGCAAAACAUCGAUCAAACACAAAACAUCGUAAUGGCUAAAGAUGGAACUACAAAUAUAGUUAUAUUAAACAUGCUGUAUAAAGUUAUAUUAAAUGCAUUGUAUAAUAUAUAG